AUGGUGAGAAUUCAAAGAACAAAGGCGAAAAUUGUGGUAGAAAAACAAAGAAGCAAUGAAAACACUCCAGAUGCAAAAAUCCAGAAAUGGAAGGGUAAGAAUCCAAAGAACAAAUGUAGCAACAGUCUAAAUACAUUUACUCCUGUUCAUAUGGAUGAACAACACUGUGUUAGAGAAGCUACAAUCCUACAUAGAGCAAACAUGGCGUGCAAUGACCUGAACCAGUCUUCUGCAUCCAAUACAAGUCGACCAGAAAUGGAUCUUUUAGUUUCUAAAGGUGAUGAAACGACUGUUGAAACAUUUGUGGAGAAGCCAAUGGUAGAUGGUUUCUUUAAUUAUGUGGGUUCAGAGAGCAGCAACAUAACUGAGGUUCUUCAGGAGGAGAAUAAUGUGGAGGAUACUGAUCAUGAUGAAGUCAACAUUGGUGAUCAUUCACCUCUGGAAUUGUUGUUAGAAAAACAAAGCAGCAAUGACAACACUCUUGAUGAGGAAAACAGAAAAGGGAAAGGAGAAUACGUUGCUGAAGAAGAUACAACUCCGUUCACAUCAAAUAGCACAUGUAGUGACCUGAAACCACCAACAGAUGCUCUUGAUACGGGGAUAAAAACAUCUGAUGAGGUGAAACCUGCUAGCAUUUUUGAUAUGGCGGCGGCAUACUUGGGAAUUCGCAGCUGGAGGAAAACUUGAUUAAAUGGACAUGGUGCUUCUGAAGGUCUUUCACACAAGCCUUCAUGUAAAUAAGUAAAAAAAAGAGAGAGAUUUCAUUUAGUAUCAUGGUAUUCUCCUCUCUAGGAAUUAAAGGGAGGAUUUUAUUACACUGAAUUGGUAACUUUAAGGUUUAAUUGGUCGGGCUCGAGUAUGUGUGGUAGAUCGUUCCAUGUUUCUUUUUAUAAGAACACAUUUGGUAUACUGCUUUAAGGUUCAUGAGCAUUGCUUCCUUAUGAUACUUAUAAGUAGAGGUGCACACAAAAACCGGAUCCUCGAAAUGGAACUGAUCCGAAAACCGGUUUCGGUCAAAACCGGUUUUGACCAAACCGGACCGGAUUCAAACCGGUUUGACUUUUCGGACUCGAAAUCGGAUUGACCCCAGGAUCGCAAACCGGAUUCUACAAAAACCGGUUCUUAAACCGUCGAAAAAUCUGGUAAAACCUAAAAAAAUCGGGAUCAAACCGGUUUCAAAUCGGAUUCGGAUUAGAUUUUGACCGGAUUCGGAUUGGAUCCUAGGUUUGUGCAUCUCUACUUAUAAGGUUCCAUUUUGGUCUUGGGAUUGAUGAUAGUAUACUAUCAAUCAUAAUUGUGUGACAUGAUAGGUUCAAUGGCAAUAACAUUAGCCCGUUAUGGUAUUCAUAUACUUCAACAAUCUCCCACUUGUGAAACUC